GGAAUUCUUAGAAUAAUGGCUCGAGGGUAUUUGGAUACGCACGAGAGGGUCGACAACGUGCAAUUGUCACGUGGCCAGCCGUUUCCUGGAAGAGAUCGUUUAAAAGAACGUCGUGACCAUCGCAUUUAUCCCACAGAGAUGACUUUCACUAGUUUUGCUUUGCUUUCACUCCUCCUUGCCAUAGCUUCAGGAGGAAUUUUGGAACCCGACGAAAACUGCAACAGAUACGGAGGUAUCUGUGCCACUCGAGAUUCGUGCCCCGAAGUGAGAGAAGAAAAUGGGAAGAAUUUAUGCCCAAACAUGAGAAAGUCGGAGGAGUCUGUUGCGCCCAAAUUCCCACUGACGUUACCGACUGUGCGACUCAUGGUGGCGCGUGCUUUGACGAUUCAGAGAGAUGUCACGCCAUUUUGACCCGCGCUGUAUGCCCGAAAGGGUUAAAAUGCUGCCUUCUGGAAUAAAAAUAAAUUUAUAUUCUUUUUCUAUUUAUAAUAAAUUUAAAUUUAUAUUGAAAAUGUAACUUGUUUGGUUACUCACUUGGAUUUCUUGUCCAUUAUAGCACUUGAAAUUCAUUCAAUUUUGAAAUUAUCCAUGAAUUUCCUUUUAAAAAAAAUACAUUUUGAGUCUGUAUUUUUGUAUCCUGAUAUCAUAUUUUUAUGAAAAAUAUGAUUAAAAUGACAAUGUUUUUAGAGCAAAAUCACAAUUUUUGGGUUCACAGAUGCCACAUUGCAAGUAAUUGCUUUCGAUAAUAGUGGACUGGUAUAAUUACUGGGACCAGAGUUAAAUCGUUACAGGUCUAAGCUAUAUGAGGCCCUUUUCUAUUAAAUAAUAGUAAAUUUAAAAGCAAAAAUUAAUUUCUACCCCACAAAUCCAGCAAGAAUUGCAAAAAAAAAAAAAAAAUCACAUUUAAACCAUUGCUGGAGAAAUUUCUGUGGGCAAUAAUGGGAUCUUUUAGUCCUGG